ACACCGGCACAGAACACACGUCACAGCCACGUACAGCCAACACAAAGACACACACACACACGCGCGCAGGUAUAGGAGAUACACAGCACAACAACAACACACACAAUUACACAGUACAUACGUAUACAAACAUAGACACGCUUGUUAGGACUUCAGGAUCUCCGCUGCUGCGGCUGGCUCGCCAGCAUGGCUCUCUCGCAGGAGAUGUGUUUGGCUGACCACAACGUCAACUGGAUUGCCAGCGAGUCGAAGCCAGAAUACUUCUACAGCGAGGAGCAGCGAAUCGCUCUCGAAGGUCUCAUCGACGGCGGAACCGAGACCUACGAGGCCGCCCUGGAGAAGUUCAACAUCAAACCGUUCCUGUCCCGGGAGGAGAUCGACCGGGUGAACAACUCGAGCAGAGAACAGCGGGGUCGAGGUUCCACGGCUGCCCGAAGUGCCGAUGCCGCAGUGGACGCUGACCCAGCAGCAGCAGCCGCCGCCGAGACUGAGAGCACAGCCUCGACCGACGGUGACAGCUCGCUCACCUACUGGCCGGACCAGUCGGACGAUGAGCCACCGGCCACUCUGGACAUUGGCUGGCCGGACGCGCAGGGCUAUAGGGGGGUGACCAGAGCCACCGUUUACACGCAGCCGCCCGGGGAAGGCGCCGCCAACGUAAAGGAGACCGUGAGACGGCUCGUACAGAACGCGCAGUCGCUCAUCGCCGUGGCCAUGGACAAAUUCACCGACAUGGACAUAUUUCGCGACAUCCUGGACGUGAUGUCGCGACGGAAGGUGGCCGUCUACAUCGUUCACGACGAAGGGAACAUGCCCUUCUUCCUGAGCAUGUGCGAGAGGGUCGGCAUGCACGCGGGACACCUCAAGAAAAUGCGCAUCCGCAGCGCGUGUGGGGCUUCCUUCAGCACGCGCAACGGAAAUGUCAUCAACGGUGUCCUUGGCCACAAGUUCAUGAUCAUCGACGGGGACAAAGCCAUCGCUGGCUCCUACAGCUUCACGUGGUCCGCGUCCCGUCUCGACCGCAACAUCAUCACGGUCCUCACGGGGCAGAUCGUGGACACGUUCGACACGGAGUUCCGCGAGCUCUACGCCGCCAGCAAGCCGGUCCGCACCGAGUCCCUGAAGCUUCCCGACGACCCCAACGCCGGGCAGGACCCCGAGCCGAGCCCCUCGAAACCGGCCGUGGCGGUGAACGCCGCCGCCUCCCGCCGGAUGCUCAACCCCAAGUACGCCCUGGUGCUGGGACGUGGGCCCGCGGCGGCCGGGGUCGCUGCCGAGAACGGCGUCGCCGGCGUUGAUGCCGUGGACGCCGCCGCCGUCGCCGCCGCCGCGGCCGCCGGAGCCACCAUCGCCGCCGGCGGAGCGCAGCAAAAGUACCGCGAGCGGUUGGAUCGCGUCGAGCAGUGGGACGUGAAGGGGGAGGUGGGCGAAGGCGAGGACAGGCCCGACUCCGACGCCGCGGACGGCGCCAAGCAAGCGAGCGCUCCCCGCGAGCGCGUCAUCCGCGUCAUUUACCGCGAGCGGCCGAGCAACGGGCCGCAGUGCGCGGAAAACGCGGCCUCGCAAAACGCCACCGCCGCCGCCGCGGCACAAGAGGUGGCGGCCGCGGCGCGAAGGAGCUCGAUGAACGACUGCGUGGCGGUCGCCGAGACGGCCGGGAAGGACUUGCCUGAUGGCGUGGGCAACAACGUGCUGAAACAACAACAGCUGCAACGACGGAACAGCGAUUAUAUUGUUCAGCAGCAGCAACAACAGCAACAGCAGCAGCCACCGCAGCCACCACAGCCACCACAGCAGCAGCAACCAGGCAACAGUGAGGAUGAUGAUGACGACGACGAUGACGAUGACGACGAUGACGACGAUGAAGAUGACGAUGACGAGGGGGAAGAGGAUGCUGAAGAUGACGAGAGUGUCGGGUAUGAGUACGAGGAUGCGCAGGAGGGACUGCCCUUAACCGGGAUGGCCGCGGUGGCGGCGUGGGUUCCCACGCCUGCAGUCAAUCGGUCUCAGUCGUUCGGCGGAGGCGGCCGUGGCCGUGGCGGUGAUGACGGACGAAUCUUCUCGGCGUUCGAGGGACCGCUGGACGACAAAGCGGGCCUCGCGGGUGGGAUGCAGCGCUCGCAUUCCACGGAAGAGCCUGCGUCUCCGUCGCCGCUCGACUUUUCGACAGCCCAAGACUAUAUGGAGGCGGGAGAUGAUGCUGGGAGCAAGCGCUUCCGCCAGCCGCCCGCUCCGCCCCAGCGCCUCCGCAGCUCCCCAGCGGCCGCCCUCUUCAAGGAUCGCACCUCCCACCGGGAGCCCCCGCCGGGAGCCCUCGCCUCCUACCGCUCCUCCCUCCCCGCGGGGAUGCGCCAGGGGGGCCCCGACCAGUACCGGUCCCACCAGGAGUCGUACAGGUCGCCUCAAACCUACGACCAUCACCAACAGCACCAUCAUCAACAGCAGCAGCAGCAUCAGCAGCAGCAUCAGCAGCAGCAUCAGCAGCAGCAUCAGUCGUACCGGCCCAACCAGACCCUGCUGCAGCAUCACAGGAACAUUUCAUCGCCGCAGCUGUCGGGUCUGGGAGGAGCCGGUCGCUACGGGGGCGACACGCAGAGGGGUCAGCGGAGGGGGUCUCCCGGGGAGGGUGGGGGUAGCGGGAGUAGUGCGGGGGGCAGCGGGGGGUCCCCCCGGAUCGGCCGGAGUCAGACGGCCGCGAUGCCACCCCCGAGGGCCUCCGCCGCUUUCCGCACUCCAGGCUCGAAGCUGCAGGCGCACAGGCAGUACACCUGACGUGGGAGCCGUGGCGAGCGAGCGAGCGUGCGUGCUCCAUACACUGCCGGCUUUCAGGAGGGUAGGCGCACCAGGCGGUGGGGUCGUUGUAAUGUUCAUUUUGUAUAAAGCCACUUUGUGAGCUGUUUUGGAGCAUGAUGGGGCAAUGAAAAAAUAUACAUAAAUAAAUGCCCUUUCGUUCGUCGCUCUGUAUGAAAUUUACGUUUUCGUUCAAUAGCCAGGGAUUCAUUGCAGCUGGGUUUGUUCACGUCAGUGACACUGAAAAUACUUCCGUACCCGGCACACUACACCCAGUUUACCUUUAGCUAUGGCUACUUACUUGUCAUGUGCCACCUACUGCAGUCUACCAGCAACCUAGAUGAUAUUCAGUGAGAAAUGCAUCCCUGCCAGCUGCCUAUGAAUGGGCAUUCCAGACCAGUGUUAAGGCAUUAGCAUUCCUUUUUAACACGACAGAUUUGUUUAACAAGUCUUGCUUUUCUCGUGAGAUUCUUUGGUUUGCUCAGUCAGAUGCUGCUGGAAAAUAUUUGCCUGGAAGCACAAGAAGCCUGAUACAUUGAAAACAUAAUUCGAUGUAAAGUCACCGACCGAUGCUUGUUUUAUUUAUUUACUUUGUUUCGGUUAUUUUGCUACGGUUAUAAUAUUUCCUCUUCUGUUCCACCUUUUGUCGCGAGACGAAGGAAUUAUUUUUUGGAAACUUACGCAGCGAGCAUUGUGACCUCACACGGCCCCCGAGAAGAUGACGUGGCAGAGAUACUACUGAAGUUACUUUAAUAUAGGCCCCAUUAUCCGCAAUUGGUGGCGCAUUUCUUUCAUAUGCCUGGCAAUGAGUGUCCAUCGCAUGGCGAUUAAACCGAAAUGUUGAGUGCAGAGCUGGUAUAUGCCGAAUGAGAUGAAAGCCAAAUCGAUGUAUUUUUUUCUCAAUGCAGUUAUUAAGUGACCAUGCUGAAACCAUCAACACGCUCCAUUCGAGAACCCAGUUAAUAAGGAAAAUCUUAAACCCAGAAUUGAACCCAGACUCUCAGCCGUGUCAGCUCAGUGUCUCCGAUACGGCAUUCAGCCCCCGAGCUACCUCCUCUCAUUCUUGUAUUACACUCUGCGUUUGCACCGAGUCUCGGGGCCCAUUAUCAAAUGGCAUCAAUAAUUACAGUGUAAUUUUGUGAAUAAGCAUGUCUUACGGGGUGCAUAGUAAAUCCUGCGGGCAUGUGCGGCGGUGGCGCUGUGGUUAGCGUACUGCGCUGGGAACCUGGCAACUUGAGUUCGAUUGCUUGUCCAUCAACCGGUCCGGGGUAAGCCUCCAUGCCAUUGAUCAACCUUCAGCGACUGCUUUUGGUGAAGUAUGGUCAAACAACCACCACGACUGACACAGGCAUGGGGAGGCCUUCGUUCAGCAGUGCAAUGACAAGGAGCAAUAAAUAAAAAGGCAAUUUAUCCUGUUAUGACAAAAUAUAUCUCAUACUUGAAAAACGAGUGUCUAAGAAUGUGCCUUAAGAUUUGUCGUGAAGAUGGCAGCGCUUGUGCACGUGUUAAGCAUACAGAGGCGGCGAGUUACGCAAAUUAAACUAUUUGUAUUUGACCAGGUAAGGCCCACUGAGCUAUGUAGCUGUUUUUCAGAAGCGACCUGGCCACAAAUGAUAGCUCAACAAAGUAGCUUAUCAUGUGGAAUUUUAGAUCAGCCAAAUAAUGGAAACGUACCUUUCUAAAUGUGGAGAAAAGUGUACGCGACCGCGGGGAGAACAUCUAAACUCCGAAUAUACAGCAGGCAUCAGGGUCGGAAUCGAACCCACGAUCUCCCGUAUACCAGGCGAGGUAGUUAACAUUUUGCCACGUUGGCGAUGCAAGGCCAGAGGUCUGCAGAUUAUGUCAUGCAAACUAUUUCAUGCAUUUGCAGAAUGGUCGUGACGAGAAUGUUUCUCACCCGGAAUUAAAAAAGCUGAGGGUAGCGUUGACACGAUGGCUCGCACAAUCGCACUGUGAAGCCAGAAGCAUGAGGCCGAUUCCGGGCCACGGCUAACUUUCGUGGCGAGCUGUACAUCUGAACCGGCCCUAAACUGCUUCUCCGCACCCCGGCCCCACACAUCUUCAAACGCCACUGACCAGCGCGGUGAAGUAUAGGCAAACAGCCGCCGCUACGGACAUGGCAUGGUGAUUUCUUUAUCCAACAGUGAAAUAACAGCGGGCUGUGAAUUAAAUAUUACUUAUUCGAAUGAUGAAAAUUUGAGUGAUGAUUGAUUCUGAAGAACUUGUUCAGCCGAGAUGUUUUAUGUGACCUUUGCUAUGUUGGCUGGAGUUCCCAUCGUGCUCAGACGCUCCCCACUUCAGCAAUGUUUGAUUUGGGCCCUGAGAUGUUUGUCAAAACAUUUUGCGGUGGCACGAGUUUGACUUCAUCGCCAGUUUCGUAUCAUGUCAUUAAACCUUUUGAGGUUGGCUCUCUCUCUCUCUCUCUGCUGGAUUGCUUUCCGUGCCGGUGAUUUUUAUUAAACAAUAAAUAUCCUCUUAACCGUG